CUGUGGUGUGCGUGUAAGACAUUCGCGGUCAGUUUGGAGCUGGCUGUAUAAAAACGCUUACAAUGCGUUACGUGCUCGCAUGGUGGAGAGAUCAACAAUAAACAUAACAUAAUGCCGGCUUGUGACUGGCACCGAUUAUCGCUACGUUGGAUCUUUCAGUGAACCGGCAGGGCCCGACCGGUGAUCAGUACUUUUCCCGUGUCGAUCUAGUAGAGAGACCUCACAUUGUGCAAUAACAAUGAAUCUUCCCCGAGGACGUGCGAUCACCAAGCUGCUCCGAUCGCCGGUCGUACAAAAAUGUCAACUUUCCUCCGGCAGCGUCCGGGGUGUCAAAGGAUUCGAUGAAAUGCCUGGACCAAGAGGCCCACUCGGUUUGGGUAACCUGUAUCAAUACCUGCCAGGGAUUGGACGCUACAGCUUCGACGAACUGCACCGUUCCGGGGAGGAUAAGUACGCCCAGUAUGGCUCGAUCGUUAGAGAAACGAUGGUUCCUGGGCAGGAUAUAGUUUGGCUGUACGAUCCAGCCGAUAUAGCCACCAUCCUGGACGAUCGCACACCCGGCAUUUAUCCAUCGCGUCGUAGUCAUACCGCACUGGAAAAGUAUCGAAAGGAUCGUCCGAAUGUGUACCGAACGGCGGGACUUUUGCCGACGAAUGGAAUAGAAUGGUGGAAAAUCAGAUCAGAACUUCAAAAGGGGCUUAGCUCUCCGCAAAGCGUACGAAACUUUCUACCUGCCACCGACAAGAUUACCAGGGAGUUCGUGAUACGGACCCAAAAAAUGCUGAAAGAUUCGGCCCAAACCACCCAAAACGAUGACAAUGCAGACGGUGUCUUGAUGGAAAAUUUUAUGCCGGCCAUCUCUCGCUUAAACCUGGAAUUGAUAUGCUUGCUGGCCUUUGACGUGCGGCUCAAUAGCUUCUCUGAGGAGCAAAUGGAACCAAACUCACUGUCGAGCCGUCUGAUGGAAUCGGCUGAAACGACCAACUCCUGUAUCCUUCCAACUGAUCAGGGCUUCCAGCUGUGGCGCUACUUCGAAACGCCCACCUACAGACGUUUGCGUAAAGCGCAGGAAUUCAUGGAGAAGACGGCCGUCGAGCUCGUUUCGGAGAAGCUGCUGUACUUCGACGAAGAUCAGCAACGUUUGGCCAGUGGCGAACAUGGUUCCAAGUCGCUGAUGGAAGAAUAUUUGCGCAAUCCGAACCUGGAGCUAAACGAUAUCAUUGGCAUGGCAGCCGAUUUGUUGCUCGCGGGGGUUCAUACAAGCAGCUAUACCAUCGCCUUUGCGCUGUACCAUCUCGGACGGCACGCAAGCACCGUCCAGGAACGACUUUAUCAGGAGGCGAAAGCAAUCUUACCCGAUCCACGCGAUAAUCGAAUUGGAGCUGCCGCGUUGGGUUCGGAAGCGUCAUACUGCCGGGCGGUGCUAAAGGAAACAUUUCGACUCAAUCCCAUCUCGGUCGGCGUCGGGCGGAUCCUGAACCGUGAUCACGUUCUCGGAGGAUAUCAAGUACCGCGUGGAACGGUGGUUGUAACGCAGAAUAUGAUUUCCUGCCGGCAAGAGACAUUUUUUCGCGACGCGGAUAAGUUCAUCCCGGAACGUUGGGUUCGCGAAACGAGGGAACCUGUGAACCCAUACCUGGUGCUUCCGUUCGGGCACGGAAUGCGAUCAUGUAUUGCACGUAGACUUGUCGAGCAGAGCAUGCUAGUGUUAUUGCUAAGGCUAGUGCGUUCUUUCGAAAUUGAAUGGGCCGGCACCGUUCCAAUGGACGUGAAGACGAAACUUAUUAAUCAACCAGACCAACCCAUUAAGCUUCGAUUCAAGCCGAGACCAAAAUAAACAUGGGAAGAAAAUCUAUUUCAAUGUUAUGAUACGAUGCAAUGCAAGCAUAGUAAACGGAUUUGAUAAAUUACAAAAUUAAAUUAUGAAUGGUAAAAGUUAAAUAGCCUACAGAGGAAUUUUAAACCAUUUGCUAUUUAAAGAAAGAAUACGAGAAAACCUCAUAAUAAACUGAGACGAUUAAGAACGAUAGCUUUAGAUCAAUUUGCUUUAAAAUAAAUAGAACAAUAUUUAUGCCAUAUC